CGUACGGCGCUGAACCGUGAUCAACGAUGAAACGAAUCGGUGUGGUGAUUAUGCUACUCACCAACUUGCUGUUGGUGGUGGUGGUGGCUGUAACGGCGGAGCGCCAAUUUCCCGCACACUUCCAGUUUGGAGUUGCCACCUCUUCGUACCAAAUCGAGGGCGGCUGGAAUGAGGACGGCAAGGGAGAAUCGAUUUGGGAUCGGUUAACGCACGAAAAGCCGGACAAAAUUGCAGAUCAAUCGAAUGGUGAUAUUGCGUGUGACAGUUACCAUCAGUGGCAACGUGAUGUGGAGAUGGUGCGUGAACUUGGGGUGGAUUACUAUCGAUUCUCGUUCGCUUGGGCCCGUAUUAUGCCUACUGGGAUUAGUAAUGAGGUUAAUCGCAAGGGAAUUGAAUACUACAACAAGCUCAUCGAUGAGUUGUUGAAGUACAAUAUCACACCCAUGGUCACUUUGUUCCACUGGGAUCUACCCCAGCGGUUGCAGGACAUGGGUGGCUGGACGAAUCGCGAGAUUGUAGAGUAUUUCCGUGAGUAUGCUCGGGUCGCUUUCAGGGAGUUUGGUGAUCGGGUGAAAAUUUGGGCAACGUUCAACGAACCAAAGCAACCGUGCAAGGAAUCGUACGAACAGGACGCGAUGGCACCGGGGUUGGAGUUCCCCGGCGUGUACAGCUAUUUAUGUUCCCAUCAUGUACUGUUGGCACAUGCAGAGGCAGUGGAUGUUUAUCGAUCGCACUUCCAGGACACUCAAAAGGGUAUGAUCGGCAUGGUUGUGGACUCAUCCUGGCAUGAACCUAACUCGGAGAACGAUCGCGAGGCAUCUGAUCGAGCGAUGCAGUUCACUAUCGGCAUCUACAUGCAUCCGAUUUACCAUGGUAACUAUCCACCGGUUAUGAUCGAACGUAUCGGAAAUCUUAGCGCACAGCAAGGUUUCCAUAAAUCUCGCCUGCCUAAAUUCACUGAGGAGGAAAUCCGGAAGAUCAAGGGUUCGGCAGACUAUUUCGGGUUUAAUGCGUACACAACACGCUUGGUAACGGACAACGGGGAUUCCAACCCGAACCAGUACGCUGAACCUUCCUUCGAUCACGAUCGUGAUGUGGCGGAAUACAUCGACCCGAGCUGGCCGUCGUCCGCUUCCUCCUGGCUGAAGGUAUAUCCGAAGGGGCUUUACAGUGCGCUGAAGUGGAUUCGCGACGAGUACAAUAACCCUCCCGUUUGGAUUACUGAAAACGGUGUCAGUGAUCGUGAUGGGACGCGCGAUCUGCAGCGUGUAGAGUACUUUAACACGUACCUGGACGCGGUACUGGAUGCGAUCGAUGAGGGAUGUGAUGUGCGCGGUUACACCGCCUGGUCGUUGAUGGAUAACUUCGAGUGGCGUGCCGGGUAUUCGCAACGAUUUGGACUUUAUUAUGUAGAUUUCAACGAUGCUUCAAGGCCGCGGUACGCGAAAACGUCGGCUAAGGUGUAUGCAAACAUUGUGAAGACACGCAUGAUUGAUCCGGACUAUCUGCCAGAUCCGGACGUUUUGAUUCCGGAUGGUGAAUAAGGAUAUUUCG